AUGAAGAAGAAGAGCCAAGAGACAAAGACGCAGAAGAGCAAGUCGCAGAAGCGACGAGACCGAAGAGAGCGACUGUUGCUUCACCAGUUGGUGAGAAGUGGAGCCGCUGCGACGCUGGCCAAGGUGAUGCACUUGGUCCAGAAGAAUCCAGCUUGUGUCAAAGAGCGGGAUGCUACGGGUCACUUGGCCUUACACUAUGCGUGUAGUCGUGGUGCUCCCUUAUCUGUGGUCAAAUUCCUUGCGGAACAGUAUCCCGAAGGACUCGCCGUGGCCAAUGACUACAAAGCAUUGCCUGUCCACUAUGCCUGCGACCGUGCCGCUCCAUUGGACGUGGUCAAGUUUGUCGUGGAUGCCUAUCCAAAAGGUCUCGAGCAGAAGGGAUUCUUUGGAAACUUGCCAGUCCACUGCAUUGUGGCUUGCCCGGGCGCCUCCCAAGAAGCCAUCGAAUAUGUGGUGGAUGCCUAUCCAAAUGGUUUGAUGACGGAAAACAUUGAUGGGUGGCUUCCUCUUCACCAAUGCUGGAUGAAAACAGUCAGCCACCGGCAUGACAUCUUCACCCAGCGUGUUGUCAUGCCACUGGAAUGUUUGAUGUACUUGGCGGAAGAAAAUCCGGAUGCUCUCUUUUACAAGAUGCCACCUGCACUAAACGGCGGGAGCUAUAAUCUGCUGGAGAAUCAGAUUUGGUUCGAACGCCGUUGGCGUUUCCCUAAAGGGGCGCAAAUUCUUUCCUCUCUCUUGAAACUAUUCUUUCCUCCUUCUGAUCCCUGCAAGUACAUCGAACGUCUUCCCAGGGAUCCAUUGCGUUUCAUCAUCAAGAAAAAAGUCAUCUGGGAUUAUUCAGCGACAGCGGAGCUCUUCAUGGAUGUAUAUAAAUCCAUUCCGUCAGUGGCACACCAAAAAAUGGAGGAGACUAUGGAGCCUUUGAUGCAUUAUGCGCUGGAGAUGCGGGCGUCGCUUCAAAUCAUUGACCACUUGACUGUAGAACGCCCUCAUGAAGUGCACUUGGCAGACAAGGGCGGCCGGUACCCCCUCGACUUUGCCAUUCGCCAGUUGCAGACAAAAUGCCGGGAACCCCAGAUCAAUCGCAUCAAGGAAUCAAAAAAAAUAUUCCAGCAGAUUCUUGAGCUGUCAGGACCAGAAGCACUACGAAAGGGGCUGACUACGGCACUUUCCCGCAGGGCCCCACUAUCUGUCGUCCAGACUCUUCUUCAGCACAAACCAGAAGCCUUCGAAGGAGAUCACUUUGUCUGCUGGGAUGAAGGCGAGAAGAUCAUGCCUGUCCAUUGGGCUGCUUGUUGCUACAAGAAGCAGGACAAGCCCGACGUGUUGUUUUAUCUACUGCUACGUGAUCCCAGCGCAUUGUGUCCUCAAUGCUAG